AUGAUGAGUACCAAGCGCGCCGAAGUCCUCCUAGGAAGUGGAAAUUAUUUCCAUUGGGAGUUCAAUAUGAGGAUGUCGCUCGCCAGAAAAGGACUGCUGGCGCACGUGGAGGUGGUCAAGGCGGAGAGUGAGAUAACGGAAGCUUGGUUAGUAAAUGACGCAAAGGCUCUCGGCAUCAUCGCGCAGGGUGUGGAACUACAACACCAGACAAAGAUCCGUUCGUCGACGCGUGCUAUUCAAGCGUGGGUAACACUUAGGGAGUUCUACAAUCGCACUACACUCCACAAUCGGGUCACGAUGACACGGCGCCUCCACGAAUUCAAGAUGGAUGCUGGAACGGCCAUGGCAAAGCAUUUGGACGCUUUCGACGAGCUCGUUGUCGGUCUUCAGACGCUUGGAGAGCCCGUCGACGAGGCACGGCAGCUAGUAGUGCUGCUGAGCAGCCUUCCAGCCGAAUACGAGCUGAUAUCGUCGAUCAUCGAGAACGUCAAGGACAUCACGCUCAUCGAGGUGAAAGAGAAGCUGUUGAAGGAGUGUGAACGGUUGGAGAAGAAAGACACGACUUCGGAACGAGCAUUUAAGGUCAACGCUGGACGUUUCAAGGGCAACAAGAGGAGUGGUCGCAAGUGGAGCGAUCAGAAGAAGAACUCUAGUGGUUUCCAAGGCAAGUGUUUCAAGUGCAACAAAGUUGGGCACAUGAAGCGGGACUGUCAAGAGGGAACAACAGACGGCGAUGCGGUAUUUGUUGUUAACACAGAACGUGUAAACGGAUGGUUGAUCGACAGCGGCGCGACCGCCCACAUGACCCCGCGCCGUUCCGAUCUGUUCGAGUAUGAGAACGUGAAUGGUGGCAUCGAAGUAACAAUCGCUGACGGAAAGAAGCUGCAGGUCACUGGACGUGGUACGGUACGCUUGCUUGGACUGGACGGUAAACGGAUUAAGAUGGUUGAAGUUCUUCACAUACCGGGCCUCGAUCGGCGUCUGUUGUCAGUGGGGAAGCUCGCGGAUCGUGGACUGAACGUGGAGUUUCAGCGUUCCUCAUGUGUUAUAUGGGGAGCGGCUAGCGCAAUUGCGAAGGGUAAGAAGGUCGGCAAGGCUUACAUGUUAGACUGUGAACAAGAAGAAGCUCGGUUCGUCCAGUACGCCGGGGCUGACAGCAAGUGGGAGCUUUGGCACGCUCGCCUGGGGCAUCCCAACCAGGAUGCUCUGGAUAAGACAAGGCAUGCCACGAACGGUAUUCCGGCUGUUGGUCAUUUGCCCCAGUCUUUGUGCGGCGGGUGCAUGAAGGGGAAGCAAACGGUGGCUAAAUUUCCGCAUUGUUCCAGCUCGAAGACGUCGCGCGUUCUUGAGCUCGUCCACACGGAUAUGAUGGGACCAAUGAAUAAUCCUUCGAAAGGUGGUGCCAAGUAUGUCCUGACGUUCGUGGACGACUACUCGCGCUACGUUGUGGCCUAUUUCUUGAAAAAGAAGAGCGAGGUGGCCAUUAAGCUUAGAGAGUUCAUGACUUUUAUGAGAAUCAAUGGGGAGAGCGCAUGA